AUGAGCAAGCCAAAGGUUGGAAUCAAUGGAUUUGGCCGUAUCGGCCGUCUGGUGCUUCGAGCUGCUGUCGAGAAAGACACCGUCGAAGUGGUAUCUGUAUACCUUUUCAAAUACGAUUCCACCCAUGGCCGAUUCAAGGGAGACGUCAAACACGAAAAUGGCUGCCUUGUGGUGAGCAGUGCAGGCAAGAGCACACACACGAUCAAGGUUCACAACAGGUUCGUAAUGGUAUAUCAUCUUAAACCAAUGGGUUAUGGUCAGCUGCUGUAA